GCAUAAUCGUAAAAUUGACAUAACAAGUUAAACCUUCAUUGCGAGCAGACGCAUCAAAUAAUUGUGUUCAACUGUUCAUUAUAUAAUUAAAUCAAUGGAUAAUAUUGCAAUUAUGAGAGAAUACAAAAGGAAUACAUCAGUGGAUUCUGAUACUGACAUGUCAGGCGAUGAGUGCAGCUAUACAUUCAAAGAUUUAGUCUGCCUCGCUGAGCGGGAGGAUAGGUUAAUCAAAGGAUUGUUUGAGUCGGCGCAUGUCCUUGAAAUGUGCCCUGACAUUGUUGAAACAUGCAUACUCCCAAGUGGUAAAAGUCAGAACAUAUCAACACACAUCCAACACAAGCUGAUUGAGGCCUAUUGCUGGGAAAAUGACAUUCAGAUUGUCGAGCUAGAUCAUGCUGAAUUCAUGCGUACAAUCAAAGUGCAGCGCAGCAAAUCCAUGGACUUGUCAACCAUCGAAUGUGUGCUUAUAACAUCUAAACCAGUUGAAGUCGAACUAGAAAUGGAUGACAGAUACAAUGAGAUGGAUGAAAACUUUGGUUGAAUUUCUACAAUGUCUUGAAAUGGAUGAAAAUUUGAAUGGGACUCCAAUAUCUCAAUCAAUGAUGCAUUUGCAUAUACCGUGCUUAACAAGCAUGAGGAGAUCAAGACUCAGACAGAAUUGGCGUGAAAUUUCGAUAUCUGUGAGAAAGUACAUCAAACCGCCAUUAUGAGGGUCAUGGCAAAAAGGUCAUAUUCAUAUUGGAUACAACAGUAACGUAAACGAAAACAUGCAUCUGUUGUUAAGCUAUUUAUGUAAAUGUGUAUGCAAAAUCAAAACAUAAAUAGCAGUGACAUUCCAUGAAUUCAUUAUAAAUGGAUUUUUGUUACAACGUGACAAACAGCUGGAGUAAGUAAACAAUACUAGAAGAGGGGAGAUAAUAAGGUUGAAACUUCUAUAAACAACCUGAUAUGACAUUUAGACUUUGUCUGUGAAUUAGGACAAAAUGAAAAGAAAAUACAUAUGUAUUCGUUGUGUUUGUGGGUUUUUUAUUUGUUUUCUUUUGUUAAAAUGUCGUCAUUUUUUGUUUGUUUUCUUGUUUGUUUGUAUUGAUUUUUAUAUGAUAAAGUUUGCUCUUAUUUCUUUGUCAUGUAGUCAAAUCAAAAUAAAAGAUGAAAAUUGGAA